AUGACUGAGGUACUACAUCGACCCCGAGUCCAUGUCAGUGACUUGCCAGCAGGCAUCCCUCAUGUACCGACUUUCGAUGGCGAAUCGACUCUCGAUGUCGGCAAAGAAGCUACCACCUUCAUCAAACAAUUCGCUGAAGCUAUUCAUAAGAGAGACUGGGAAACAUUUGAAGGAUUCUUCUAUGAAGAUUCCUGGUGGAGAGACAGCUUGACUCUCACCUUCGACAAGCGGACCUUGAAAGGAGCACAACAUAUCACCGAAGCUUUCAAGACACUAUGCCAGAGAAGGAAGCCGUCGAACUUCUCGGUGGAGAAAAAUGAUACUAUGGAUAUGGAACCAGCGUUUAUACGAAUGGCGCCUCAGCUGGCCUCGCUCGAUGUUCCAUUCGGAUUCACGACAGAAGCUCCCACGUCGAAGUGCAUUGGACAAGUCAAACUAGUACCCAAGGGUGGUCAAUGGAAGAUUUGGAUCAUGGCUACAGCUGUGAUAUCACUUGACGAACAUCCAUUUGAGUCACUUCCUCGCCAGUCUCCCUCCUUGAUUGAUGUUUCGCAGAGAGGAAAGGCACAUGCUCAAGGUCUGCCUCGUGUCCAAGGGGUUCUCGAUGCCAUUGUCAUUGGUGCAAGCAGUAGUGGGCUUGCGAACACGAUCAUGCUCGAUUCCAUUGGUGCUAAUGUGGCUGCCUUUGACAUUGAGCCCAUGGCUGGUGGAAACUGGUCCACAAAGCGAUAUGAAAAUGUCAGGCUGCAUCAUCCUGCGGUCAUGAUCCAACUCCCCAUGUUUCCUGUACCGAGUGAAGGGUAUCCCGAAUACUUGUAUGGUCAAGACUUGACAAGAUACUUCGGCACAGCAGUCGAAGAAUUGAAGCUUCCAGUCUUCGCCGGUGUUAAAGUCCUGAGCAACUCCUUCGACGAGAAGACAAAUUUAUGGACCACUAAAGUCCAAGAUGUGGAGACCAAGAAGGAGGCAACACUCCAAGCCAGGAACAUUGUCAUAUCAACAGGCUUCCUCGUCUCACACGAAAACCCCAAAUCCCCCAAGCUGUCAGACCGCCAAUUGUUCAAAGGCCCCAUCGAACACACAACUGAGUACCGUACUCCCGCACCAUAUGGCAACAAAGACGUCCUCAUUAUCGGCUCAGGUAACUCCGCUCACGAUGUAGCACACAACCUGGCCCUCAGCCCCGCCGUCAAAACCGUCACGAUCCUCCAACGUAGUCCUACUGUUCUUUUCGACUUCGACGUCAUUGGUCCAAUGGUCACAAUGCGCUGGCAAGGCCAAACAUCCGUUGAAGUUGCUGAUUUUCUGGAUACCGGUAUGCCGGCUGCUGUUACGCGAGACUUGGCACGAGGAGCUUUGGCGGCUAUGAUCGAAGCGCAGGCUGAGCGCUGUAAGGAAUUUGAGAGUAAGGGUUAUAUGGUUGAUCGUACGCCUUGUCUUGUGUCUAGAGCGUACGAAGAGCGGGGCAGGAGUUUCUAUAUGGAUCAGCCGAAGAUGUUUGAUUUGGUGUUUAGUGAUCGGAUCAAGAUUGCUCGAGGGGAAGCGAAGGGAUUUGUAGAGAAUGGUGUAUUGGUGAGGGACGUUGAGGGUGGGGAGGAUAGGGUCAUUGAGGCGGGAGGUGUGGUUCUUGCUACGGGGUAUGAGACUGUGGAUUUGCCAAAGAGGUGGAGGGAGAGUGGGUUUUUGGAUGAGAAAAGUGCGGGGAUGGUGGAGAACGUUAGUCUAUUUGGGGUUGAUUCUGAGGGAGAGGUUCCGGGGUAUACUACUGCUAGCGGACACCCACAACUCUACUUCUCGGGUAUUGGCUUUUACAUGUGUCGCUGGAUUGGACGAUAUACUGCGAUUCAAAUCAUGGGUGAUGUGACAGGAAAGUUCCCCUCGACUUACCCUCGUGAAUAAAGCUCUUGAAGCUAGAAAUUGCACUCAGUUCUGUUAAUAUAAAUCAACUUCCUUU